CAGAUAAAAAACCGGAUUUAAUCCAACUUCAUUUUUGCAUGGCCGAAGAUUCUUCUAUAAACGUUGACUCAAUUUUGUCUGCUUUAACAAUACCAAAAAUUCCAAAUAAUGAAUUUGAUGCGCAUACUUUUUAUUAUGAUUUUGCUAAAAACGUAGCCAAUUUUCUUUUACGUAAUACUCGACUUCACCUUCCUCCAAAACGUACUUUCACUAUUCUCGAAAUAGAAUUUUAUUUACGUGAUGAAAUUAACGAUCAUUGUGAUCCCUUCAGUCACGGUCAUGAACAUCAACUAACUUGUGGUGAAUGGUACUUUCAUCAUGUUGGUCGAUUUGGUUAUCGAGGUGGAUCAAGAAAAGGUAUCGAUAUCACGUUUGGAUCCAAAAAUAGAAAUAUAUAUGGUGGAAUAUUGAUACGUGCAAUAAAAGAUGAUGAAACUAAUCAAGUAAUAGAAGGUCCAAGUUUAGUUGUUGAUAAGAUUCUGGAAUUAUGUGGUGUUGAUCAGCAAGGUGGUAUUCGACAAUUGGUAGAAGUUAAAUGGAAAGGUCAAAGUGGAAUUUCAAAAAAUAUGGAAAACUUUAAUGGUCUAGUAUAUUUAAAGAAGAUCGAUGAUGAAAAUGCUAAUAGCAAAAUGCAAAUUGUGAUCGGAUUAUACGAUCGAUUUAAAGACAUUGACAAGGUGUCCGAAGUGUCGAAUAUCAACCGAUCUGUAGUAGAACGAUGUAUUAAAGAGAUGACUGCUGGUAUGAAUAACGGUAAUAUCAAUGACUUUAUUGGAAAAAAAGGAAGAGGUGCGAAUGGCAAUGAUUAUUAUCGUAUGGUUGGAGUG